ACGAGGCCUUGGAUUUAUCAAGUUGGGCUUUUAACAACAAAGUUUAAAUCAAACCGGAUCAAACCGGGGAAAAUUGAAUACUCUUCGUAAACCAAACCAUUUAAAACCCUAAUUCGUCUAUCCCUCGGAACACUCUUUUUAUAGCUUUCGCUCCGCCUCAUCUACUUUCUCUCUCUCGCUCGCUUUGCUCUCUCACUCCUGAUUCAAUACCAUAAGCCGACGUCGUAUCCGUCUUAGCAAUGGCUUUGGUGUUGCACACAUACAAGGGAAACAAAGGUGCUGAGAAGGCACUCAUUGCCGCAGAGUACACUGGUGUGAAGAUCGAUGUCCCCGAUUUUGAGAUGGGUGUCGCUAACAAAACCCCAGAGUUCCUCAAGAUGAACCCUAUUGGAAAGGUUCCGGUGCUUGAGACUCCGGAGGGUCCCAUCUUUGAGAGCAACGCCAUUGCCCGUUAUGUGAGCCGAUUGAACGGUGAGAACUCCUUGAACGGAUCUUCUCUGAUCGAAUAUGCUCAAAUUGAGCAAUGGAUCGAUUUCUCCUCAUUGGAGAUCUUUGGAAGCAUCUUCAUGUGGUUUGGCGCAAGAAUUGGCUAUAAGCCAUACAGUGUUCCGGGUGAGGAAGCUGCUAUCUCUGCGUUGAAGAGAGCACUUGAUGCUCUGAACACCCAUCUCGCUUCCAAGACUUUUCUUGUUGGCCAUUCUAUCACCCUUGCUGAUAUCAUCACUGUCUGCAACUUGAGCCUGGGAUAUACUACCGUCAUGACCAAGAGCUUCACCUCUGCAUUCCCUCACGUUGAGAGGUACUUCUGGACCGUGAUCAACCAGCCUAACUUCAAGAAGGUGGUGGGUGAGGUCAAACAGACUGAAGCUGUCCCUCCUGUUGCUUCCAAGAAACCUGCUCAGCCUGCAAAGGCCAAGGAGGAGCCGAAGAAAAAGGCUGCCCCUGCAGCAGAGGCACCUAAGCCUGUUGAGGAGGAAGAGGCACCAAAGCCCAAAGCAAAGAACCCUCUUGACUUGCUACCACCAACCCCCAUGGUCCUCGAUGAGUGGAAGAGGCUUUACUCUAACACCAAAUCCAACUUCCGUGAGGUUGCUAUUAAAGGAUUCUGGGACAUGUAUGACCCAGAGGGAUACUCACUGUGGUUCUGCGACUACAAGUACAAUGACGAGAACAUGGUGUCAUUUGUAACCCUCAACAAGGUUGGUGGAUUCCUUCAGAGGAUGGACUUGGCACGCAAGUACGCUUUUGGAAAGAUGCUGAUCUGCGGGUCAGAGGGUCCGUUCAAGGUGAAGGGUUUGUGGUUGUUCCGUGGACCAGAGAUCCCCAAGUUCGUAAUGGAUGAGGUGUACGACAUGGAGCUGUACGAGUGGACCAAGGUUGACAUCUCCGAUGAAGCCCAGAAGGAGCGUGUUAGCCAGAUGAUCGAAGAUGCAGAGCCGUUUGAAGGUGAAGCUCUCUUGGACGCCAAGUGCUUCAAGUGAGAAGAUUAUAUUGGUUUUGAUUUGAUACUCCCGUACGAGUUUUGCUCGAUGACUUGUGUUUUGAUGAUCCUUUGAGUCGCUUAAGUCUGUUUUUCUUAUCGAGUUUUAAGGACUAGGCUGCGGUCUAAGUAAUACUUUUAUCUUUUACUCUUGUGUUAAUGUUUCUCUUUGCUGAGACAGAAUUCAUUUACAAUUUUUCGAAGUUCUUACAAUGGUUGUAAGUUGUAACCA